CAAAAGAAUUCUGAAGAAGCAAAACGUCACUUUCCGCGUGUUCUAUGUAAAAUAGCAGCUAAUUAUUAUUAGCUUAUUUUUGUAAUUUCAAAAUAUGAAUAAGUUAGUGAAUUUUGCGAAGUUAGUGCGGCGUAAUUGGAAAAAAUCAGCUUUUUUGUUUGGUCUGUGCGCUUACGGGGGAUCUUAUGCCAAUGAGAGAUAUCAAACUUUCCAACUGAUGCGUGCUUACUGUGAAGAAGCAAGGAUUUUUGGUGAGAAAACCCUACCUCAGUAUUCAAAACCAAAACAUGUGACUGUCAUUCUUAAUCCAGAAGCAAACAACAAAAAAGCAAAGAUUCAAUUUGAAAAAUUUGUUUCUCCAUUGCUGAAUUUAGCAGGUUUUAAAGUUAGUGUAAUCCAGACUGAAAAAGAAAAGCAAGCGAGAGAUCUGAUGGAAAUCAUGUCCAACACAGAUGCAGUCUUAGUAGCAGGAGGAGAUGGAACAUUUCAAGAGGCUGUCACUGGAUUGAUGAGUCGUCCAAAUAUUGAAAAUGAAUGCAUUCCCAUUGGCGUCAUUCCUCUUGGAAAAACUAAUACGCUUGCCAACCAUCUUUUUGGAUCUAAAUCUUCAUCCAGUGCUCAAUUGAUGGCAGAAUCGGCUAUGGCUGUUGUUCGGGAUAUGACAACACGAAUGGAUGUCAUGAAAAUUCAAUAUAUGGAUGAGAAAAAAUCUGUGUAUGCCAUGUGCAACUUUGAAGAAGGAGUUUUUGCAGAUGUGGAGCCAAGUGUUCAAAAGUAUUGGUAUUUAGGAGUUUUGAAGGACAAGUAUGUUUACUUGAAAAAUUCAUUUAAAGAACAUAAGCCUGUGCAAAAUUUGAAUCUGCAGUAUGUUGCUCCAUGUUCAGGUUGUUCCAAAUGUUUCAAGCCUCCUAAAGCAAACAAAACAAGUGGAAGGUGGUGGUCUGUUUUUGUCCCUCAAAAAUCAGAUAUUAAAGAAAACAGUUCUUCGCCAGAUCUAAGUAAGGUAAUUAAUGAAGAGUGUGGAAAAUAUAUCGACCUGAAUCUGUCAUGUCUGAAUGUGUCAGUCUUCACUCUGGCAGUAAAUCAAGGUAGAGAGGCUACUGGGGGACCCUUGUUUCUGAAAAUGUAUCCUGAAACGUUAUCAAUGAAGGAGUUCAUCAUUUCAGGGUUAAAGCAUCGAAAGGAGAAAUUAAUUGACUCGACAGGUAUUUCUACUAUCAUACCAGCACGAGAACUACGCAUUGAAAAAAAUAGCAAUGUUAAGGAUGAAGAUGAAACAAAUGUUGAUGUUAAGGAUGGAAAUCAAACUGUUGCUGAUGUUAUGGAUGGAAAUGAAAUUGUUGGUGAUAUUAAGGAUAUUAAUGUAACUCAAACUAGUGGUGAUGUUAAGGAUGGAAAUGAAAUUGUUGGUGAUGUUAAGGAGGAAGACACUAUGUUUUCUUACAUUGAUAAUGAAAAGUACCCUAGGGCCUCUUGUACAAUUUCUGUGAUGCCAAAGCAAAUUUUGAUGUAUGGAUAAAUUUUAUAACUUAUCUUAAUUAAAUUGUAUAUAGCUUUUACAAUAAAUUUUUUUAUAAGAA